GAUCCAGGAGGUGUCUGCUGGACGUGGUGUGCGCCAUUCGAACGCCGAUGCUGUGUUGUACAUAUUGUUUAUAUAUAGAAAGAUAGAACAUCUCUGUGUUCCCAAACUGAAUCGGAAACGGAAAAAUUCAAAUUUUUACCGUCGUUUGUGUGCGGCCCGUUCUAAAUAUAAAUAAGAAAGAAAUCGCUUUCGGUUAAUGCCGCGUUGAAAAUACCCAACCGACCAUACUGCGCCCUAAUCCUACACAGCGAGUCCUGAAAUUCCCAUGCCAAAGUGGCCCUGUUUCGGCUAAUUAUAUAGUGAGACCUGAGCAUGGAAAGAUCGCCAGCAGCCAAUGCCGCGGAGCCUCCUGGCGAGGACGGAGGCUUCGAGACGGGCCAGCGCCGACCACCUCGCAUCACGUUCAGCGAUAACUCCAGCUCCCUGAUCCGCUGUAUCCCCAACGAACGAGCCACGUUCUUCGUGAAGAUCGACUGCGCCGAGGAGGACGAGGCGGAACUGCUGCCCUUCAAAUUCGAGUGGACUCGAGGCGAUAUUCCCAUCGAGAACUCCGACCGCUUCCGCAUCACGGCCACCAGCAAUGCCGUCCAGUUGGCCGUGGAGCAUGUGCAGCGAGAGGACGCCGGCCAUUACACGCUGUUCGCCCGGACGAAGAGCCAGGAUGUGGUGCGCAGGCACGUGGAGCUCAUCGUGGAGGACAGAUCCACGGGCGACGAUCCGCCCGUGUUCCUGCGCCGCCUGCUCGACCUCUCCGUAAAAGUGGGCACACGGACACGCCUCCUAACCGAAAUUCGCAGCUCCACAGAUCUUAAGCUAACAUGGUACAGAAACGACCGCAGGGUGUGUGCAAAUGACCGCAUCACGGAGGUCAAUGAGGGCACCUUCCACUACCUGGAGAUCAGUCCCGUGACGCUGGACGACGGUGGUCAGUGGAUGCUCAUGGCGGAGAACUUUGGCGGACGCAACUCCUGCCUGGGAACACUGAACGUCCUGGUGCCGAAGGCCUACAAAGCCCCAGAGUUCGUGGAGGAGCUGCGUGCCGUGCUGACGGAGCAGGGAACCGUCUCGCUGGAGUGUAAGGUGGUGGGCGUGCCCACGCCACAUUUGCGCUGGUUCAAGGACUCCAAGGAGAUCAAGGCGGGCGACAUAUUUGCGCUGACCGCCAACGCGGAUGACCCCACCUCACUGGGCACCUACACCUGCGAGGCACGCAACUGUAUGGGCGUCACCUACUCCAGCUCCAAGGUGCAUGUGGUGGGACGGGGAAGUCGCGAGGGAUCCCUCAAGCCGGCGGACAGCGUGGCGAGCAAUGCGCCGCCUCCGAUAUUCACGAACGAACUGCGGGACCUGAGCCUCCUCAUCGGGGAAACCAUCAUUCUCGGCUGUCAAGUGGUGGUGCCGCCCUGGCCCAAAAGCGUCUGCUGGUACAAUGCGAACGGACGGGUGGAGACCGGCGAGCGCUACAAACUGAUCGAGGACGGACUGGGCGUGUACAUGAUCGAGGUGAAGCCCUCGGAGUCCUGCGAUGGUGGCGAGUGGAAGUGCGUGGUGACCAGCUUCGAUGGCAGUGUGGGCAUCACAUCCUGCACCGUUGCCAUGGACAUCCCCAGGAACUACCGCAAGCCCAGGUUCAUGGAGAGUCUGCGCGCCGUUCUCACCGAGGAGGGUCUGGUCUCCUUCGAAUGCAAGGUGGUGGGCUUUCCCACGCCCGUGCUCAAGUGGUUCAAGGAUGGCCACGAACUGAAGCCGGGCGACGUCUACCAGCUGACGGGCACCAACUCUUUGGGCACCUACUGCUGCAUUGCCCGCAACUGCAUGGGAGAGACCAGCAGCACUGCCGUCCUCACCGUCGAGGACAUCCAGAACCAACUCACCGAGGAGGAGCGUCUCGUCUUCUCCCAGCAAAGCCAGAAUCAAGCGCCUAAGUUCCUCACCGGACUUAAGAGCACCGAUGCCAAGAUCAACGAACCCUUCCAGUUUAAGGUGGUGGUGAAGGCCACACCCGAUCCCAUACUUUCCUGGUUCCGGGACGAGCUGCCCAUUGAUCCGAACGAACGAUAUAAUCACUACCGGGGCGAAAACGAGGAAUGGCUGUUGGACAUCCGGGCAGUGGAGUUUGUCGAUCAGGCGGAGUGGAAAUGCGUGGCCGUCAAUGAUUUCGGCACCAGCAUUACCUCCUGUUUCCUCAAGCUGCAGAUUCCGAGGCACUAUAAGAAGCCCCGAUUCCUGGAGUGCCUCCGAGCGGUGCUGACCGAGGAGGGAGCCGUGAAUCUGGAGUGCAAGGUCAUCGGAGUGCCCCAGCCCGCACUCAAGUGGUACAAGGAUGGCGUGGAGCUGAAGCCGGGCGACAUCCAUCGCAUUAUUUCUGGACAGGAUGGCACCUGCUGCCUGGGCACCUACACCUGCGAAGCACGGAACUGCAUGGGUGUCGUGGCCAGCUCGGCAUCGCUGUUGGGCUUCGAGGAUGCCCAAAAGGGUCAGCAGCAGAAGAGCGAGCAGCUGCACGAGAACGAGCUGCAGAGGAACUACUCCUUGUCCACCAUCCAGGAGGAGCGCACCUCCCAGCUGUAUGAGACGCCUGUGGGUGACAUAACCAUCGAUGAUAAGGGCGACGUGUCCUUCUCCUUCGACGGCAAGGAGGUCUCGGUUUCACUGUAUGAGACUCCCGACCUUACCGAAGAGGAGGCACUCAAGAUUGUGGAAAUGUAUGCCGAUCAAAUCUCGGAGCAUGUGACGGAGCACAAUAUCGUGGAACUGCCACCACUGCGUUUCGUCAAGGAGACCUCACAGUCGGGAAAACUUCUGAUGGAAGCCGUGGUCAUAGACAUUUCACCCGAGUAUUUCACCGUCGAGGAUGAUAUGCGAACUGAAGCCGAUAUGGAUGACAUUUCCAUAAACGAGAUCACGGUGCACGGAUCUUCGGGAAGGGAAGACAAGGUCGACAAAGAGACGGAACAAUAUGUCCAGCAGUCCUUUGACAAAAUGGAGGAGGAGCUAUCGCUCUCCGCUCCGAUUCGAAAGCGGAAGAAGUCCAAGCCAACAGAGACAGAUGAGUUCUUCAGCCUUUCCAAAGCCUCGGCAUCAGGCAGCCAGGGCGAGGAGGAGACAUCCGAUUUGCAGACCUUUGCCAGUGCCCAGAUGUCCGCAUCGCAAAAGGGCGCUUCUGCAGCUCAAAACAGUCCGGAGAAAGAUAAAGAUUCAGUGGCACCGCCUAAACGAAAGAAGUCCAAGAAACCCACGGACAGUGAUUCCUCCAAGACCACUGAGGAUGAAGCUCGUUUGCAGGACAUUUCGGGUGCCGUGGGAGAUGGACUCCUGGUCAGACCUUCCUCCCAUGCCAAGGCCGUUACCGACGAGAAUGAGAUCAAUAAGAAUUUGAUUGCCCUCGUUCCGCUGGCGAAAUUGCUCAGGGUAAUUGAGAAUCAUUUGACAGCUGUCGAAAACGAAGUGAUGGAGCAGUCCACGAUGAUGAUGACCCCGUCGGCUGCAGAUCAGAGCAUAGCCAUUAUUCGCAACAUCAUAGAUCCCAUCAAGCAAAUCGAAUCCAAACUGCGUGUCUAUUCAGGCGAGACUCAAAUCGACGCCCUCAUACAAUCCAUGGACGAGGAUAUUCGCCGGCUGCAUAUGGGCCUGCAGGUCAUCGAGAAGUGUGUGGAGAUCGACGAGACCGGAGCCACGCUCAUCCAGCGCACCAGUGUCUGCAUUAUUGACAGCGUAGCCGACCAAAUGAAACGUGCCCUGGAAGAGCUCAAGAUCGUAAGCAGGAAAUUCGAGUCGGAGUGCCUACGAUCCCAAAUCGAGCUCACCGCCGAUGAUAUCCAACAGGGAUUGGAGAUCACGCAGGGCACUAUUAAGUCGCAGGCCCUUUUGCAGGAGGCACAGGAACUGGAGGCAGCCAAGCACUUCUCAGAAGCUGUGGAGAAAAUGCAGGAAGUUCCCGAUUCUAUUUCCUUUGCCACCAUUUCGGAGGCCAAUCUUCCUAGCGAAGCAAGCGCUUUGAAGGAGAUUUGUCAACCAGUGGCAAAGAUUCAGGAAGCCCUGGAACGCGUCGAAAUGGAGCUCUCGUUGGAGGAGUCGGAGGAGCAGAUAUACAAGAAAGUGCAUCAGAAGGUGCUCGAGAGCAUUGUGGAGCCCAUUAAGCAGCUGCAAAGCACGCUGCAGGCAAUCGAGGAUAAGACAGAAUCCCUGGUCGGGUCCGAGUCCAUGGAGCAGAAAAUCAACAUGGCCAUUCUGGAUAUUGUCACUCCGCCUCUCUUUGAGCUCAACAAGGGCCUGGAGGUAAUCCUGAACGAGAAAUCUGAUAGUGUGGAGGGGGGAAUGCUGACUGUUAGCACUGUGGAGUCUAUGGUUCCACCCCUGCAGGAGAUACAAAACGGCUUGGCGCAACUGGGACAAGAUCUGGAAAGUGGUCAGGCCAACGUGCCUCAGGAGGAGCAUCGAUCUGAGCCGGCACUGGAUGUGGCUGACACCCAAAAACUUUUGCAAUCAUUCGCCCAGGCUGUUUUGCAUUUUGAGACGAACAUCGAGAGGAUCUCUCCACGACUCUCGUCCAACGUGAAGAUUCGCUUGCUCAACCUUAAGGAUGAACUUUCGGCUUUGAUAAGCACUAUUCUAGAAAAAAACAUAACCGGACAUCAUAUAGAACUGCUGGACAGAUUGAAGCGACCCGUCGACGAGCUGAACUACUGCAUCCGGCAGACAGAGGUCAAGAAUAUGACCGGUUCCCUGGCCGACCUGAUUGAGCCCCUGAGCAUGUUGCAGGAAAACACCCAAAAGGGUCAUGGGCGUUUGCUCACAGCUCGGGAACCCGAUCAGCAAGCUCUCCAGACCCUGGACAACAUACGCAGCAUCAUUCGCAACGUGGUCAUAGACAUAGAAGAGCACGAAUUCAAGAUUCUGCAGCAGGAGAUUCAGCAGGAUGAGGAGCAGGCCUCGCAGCAACAGGACAAGUCUUUCAGUGCCUUGCGAAAGGUUCUAGAAACAAAGGUGUCCCUGGAGGAGGCAGUGGGCAACAUUGAAACGCUGCAGGAGGCGCUGAACAAAAUAAGUGAAAGCCCCAAGGCGUCGGAGAGAGUGAAGACAUCUUCCAAUGAAGCUCAAGUGUACCUACUUCGUAUACUGCAGAUUGCCAAGGGAUUAGCUACGUUCAGCGAAGCAGAGACAACCCUCGAUGUCAACGAGGCCAACACAACCAGAAUUCUCUUCGAGUGUGGCAAAAGUUUUGAUGACUUGGCUAAAGCUCUGGACAGUCCCGAAUCUUUGACCGAGAUUGAAUUUCUAAAUGCCCUGAAUCAGUUUGGUGAUAUUGUUGGCCAGCAAAAGCAAUCGAUGGAUGAGAAGCUUUCCAUUGCCAGUCCUCUCUCCAGCCUGAUUCAUGUGCUCGAGAAUCUGAAGCCCCCAAAAGCUUCUAUGGAGGAUUUAUCCACCUUGGAUGAUGUGUCAGUGCUUAAGUCAGCCGCAGAGUCUUUACACACUGAACCGGAGGCGGAACCCCUAAGCGCCGAGAAACCUUCGCCUGUUGCUGUCUUACUCUCCGACUUGAACCAGGGAAUUACUUCGGUUCUUUCCCACUGUGAAGACCCUGACGUGGUCUCCUUGACAGGCACAGGGGCACAGCAAGUUCAGGAAGCCCUUGUGAAGAUGCAAGAACUACAAAACAGUUUGGCAUUGGUGCAGGAGACUAACGUGGUGGAAGCAGCUCAUCCCUUGUCUGAGGCUAGUCAACAGGGCACGUUUGCCGAAGCACUCUGCAGUUUGGAGCGAUGUGUUCUCCAGGUGGAGGAGUGCUUGGCCCACAGUGGCGUUGAGAGUCUUACUGAUCUUGAACUUUCCAAACUCAAGACCUUGGCCACUCCAUUACGUGAUGUUAGGCAGUACUGCGAGCAGAUUGAUGUGCAGCUCCUGGAAAAUGUCACUGAUAUAUCUACGCAGGGGGAUAUAUCCGAGUUGAAGAGCAGUGGUCAUCAGCAAACCGUUUCAGAUCAUGUCCAGGAAGUAGCUGUCAUAGAAGAAGAGCCGAUAGUGGAGGUAUUCGACAUACAACAAGGGGUCGCUAGUGGCAUAAAGCAGCUAGAGGCUUGUCUUGAAGUCACCCAAACAGAUGCUAACAAAGAGCUCCAGCAAGUUGGCCAAAUAAUGGAGCAACUGAAGUCAGAUCUAGAAAAUAUUCAGACGGCUCUGGUCGCGGAUACAGCGCAGCAGGAAACUGUACUGGCUCAAGCGGAAAUUGCCCGCACCAUGUUCAGACUGAAGGAAUCUUUGGUGCACACGUAUGAAUCUGGCCUGGUGGAUUCGUUGGAAAACGUGGAGAGUGCCUUUGAAGACAUAUUGCUUUCGCUACCAAUACUAGAGACUCAGUUAGCAGAGGAAAUGUUUGUCAAAAUCGAGAAAGCUUUCGGCAACUUUGUUGCCCAUUGUGACCGAUUAGCAGCUGUAGAUCACCAGCAACUAAAAUCUCUCAAGAAGCCCAUUGAAAAUCUUGUUCGUUCAAUUGGAGCUGUGGCCACUCAACCCACCGUCGAUGUCGACAAAUCCUCAGCAGUCGUGGUUCAGCUUCAGACAAGUUUGAUGGCAGCUUUUCGGAGUCUUAAUGAAGUGAGCGAGCAGGUCGGUAACGAUGUGCUGGGAGGUCUUCUAAAAACCCAAAGUAGCUUAGUUACUGUAUUUGAUUUUAUUGAGAACAAUGACAGCAUUAUACGAGUUAUAGAACUUUUGCAGGAAAUAGAUUCCAUUACAGCGGAACUGAAGGCAUUAUGUGAAAUUCCUGUUGAGCCUACGGUGCCAAUCGACAUUAGCGUAAUUAUUGAAAACGUUUUGUCUGGUAAAGCUUUCCUCACCGAAAUCGAGGAGGGACUUCAAGCUAACAGUCCUCAAUGUGUUCUUUUGCUCGAUGAAAACACUGAAGAUAUCGCUCAACUAGAGGCAACACUCAUUCAAAUUGAGAAGGAAAUCCUAUCUCAGCCGCAACUCACUCAGAUUACUGCUAAACAGUUUACUCUUAUAGACACGCUGCAGCUUCAGAUAAGAAAUCUACAGGAAAAGUUGAAAAAGCUGAAUGUAUUUCUCUCUGAACUUCAAAGUCAAUCGGAUGUCUCCUCGCCUGAAUCGGCUUUGGAUACUAACUUAGAUAACAAAGAAGGGUCAGGAAGCCAGGAAGACAUUGAGCCAGAAGCAAAACGAGCCAAACUUUUAGAAAUCAAUCAACAACAAGUUUCUGACACUUCAGUUUUUACUCAAGGAGAGCAUUUAGAAACUACGCAAGAUAGCAAGAAAGCAAAGGAAAAGGAAUCAGAAGUUCAAAAGGAAAAACAGUCUUAUGAAGAGAAAGCGUUGCAAGGGAAAUCAGUUGUUGACCAAAAGGAAGAGGAUGGUUUAAAACCUCACCCGGAGAAGACUGUUGAUCCAGAAAUCCAGCAAGACGUUAAAUCGACAUUUGAAAAGGAAAAUGAUGACAAGGAGGUUAUUCUAGAAGCUUUAGCAAAGAAAUUAUCCCAAUCUCUUAAUAAUAUAGAAAAUAAUGAAGAAAUAAAGUCUAUUAUUGCAGAUAGCCAAGAUAUUCUCGAUAAUAUUAAUGAUAUCGACAAAGUUUCAAAAUUGAUAUUUAAACUAAGGGAGCAUAUAGUUCACACUUAUGAUGGUAAGCCCCCAGAGGAACAGGCAGACAAAGAACUUGCUGAAGAAAUUAUUGAAUCUCUCUUCGCUGCUUGCCCAGAUGCUACUAAGCAAGUUAUUCAAAACUGUAUUAAAGAAAUUAAAACCAACGUUAUUUUAACAAAGGCCGCUAUUCAACUAAUAGACGAUAGCAACAUGUUCACAAAGCCAUCUCUAUUAGUGCCUAAAUUGGUUAACUUGGAAAGAAUUUCAGAAAAGACUCAAAUGGAACUAAAUAUUGAUAAGUCAUCCGAAAAAAUGAUUUGUCUACAGCAGAAUUUAAUGGACAUUUUUAUAAUACUAGAUGAUCUUGUAGAUAAAAAGACGGAAACAAUAAAUCCUAAGAUAGAAGAUAUAAAGAAAUUAUUGCUUUCCGAAUAUGACUAUAUAGAGAAGAAACAAGGUCAACUUAAUACUGCUGUAGUUCAUGGAAAAAUAGAAAUUAUAACGCAAAAAAUUCUUACCAUUUGUGAAGAUUUUAAAGAUUUUAUAGAAAAACAAAACCAAAAUAAUGAAGCACUUGGAAUCAAAGAAGCAGAAGAGAAGGCAGAAGACGUGGUAGACCACUUAAUAGAAGGACAGAAGUCUGAGAUUGGCGCAACUGAUGAAAAGCAAUUGAAAAUUGAGACCCAAAAGCAAGCUGACAAAGAUUUCAAACAGGAGUCCCAGAAAACAAAAGAAACCGUGGUCGCUGCUAACAAAAUAUCAGAAGAAAACAUCGAAGAAUCUAUAAAACCUGAAAUAAAGGAAACUGAAACCAAGUUAAAGAAUGCUAAAGCCUUGGAGAAGCAAAUUCUGGAAGAAAAGGAAAUAAAAGUUGAAGCUCAAAAACAAGCUGACAAAGAUGUUGAUCAGAAAUCCCAAAAACCAGAAGUAACUGAGGUCGUUGCUGAGAAAAUAUCAGAAGAAAAUAUCGAAGAAUCGAUAAAGCCGGAAAUAAAAGAAACGGAAACCAAAUCACAGAAGGCCGAAGCUUUGGAGAAGCAAAUCCUGGAAGAAAAGCAAAUUGAAGUUGAAGCUCAAAAACAAGCUGACAAAGAUGUUAAUCAGAAAUCCCAAAAACCAAAAGUAACUGAGGUCGUUGCUGAGAAAAUAUCUGAAGAAAAUAUCGAAGAAUCUAUUAAGCCAAAACUAAAGGAAACGGAAACCAAAUCACAGAAGGCUGAAGCUUUGGAGAAGCAAAUCCUGAAAGAAAAGCAAAUGGAAGUUGAAGCUCAAAAACAAGCUGACAAAGAUGUUGAUCAGAAAUCCCAGAAACCAGAAGUAACUGAAGUCGUUGCGGAGAAAAUAUCAGAAGAAAAUAUCGAAGAAUCUAUAAAGCCCGAAAUAAAAGAAACGAAAACCAAAUCACAAAAGGCUGAAGCUUUGGAGAAGCAAAUCCUGGAAAAAAAGCAAAUGGAAACUAACGCUCAAAAACAAGCUGACCAAGGUCUUGAUCAGAAAUCCCAGAAACCAGAACAAACUGAGGUCGUUACGGAGAAAAUAUCAGACGAAAAUAUCGAAAAAUCUAUAAAUCCUGAAAUAAAGGAAACUGAAACCAAAUCACAGAAGGCUGAAGCUUUGGAGAAGCAAAUCCUGGAAGAAAAGCAAAUGGAAGUUGAAGCUCAAAAACAAGCUGACAAAGAUGUUGAUCAGAAAUCCCAGAAACCAGAAGAAACUGAGGUCGUUACGGAGAAAAUAUCAGACGAAAAUAUCGAAAAAUCUAUUAAGCCUGAAAUAAAGGAAACUGAAACUAAAUCACAGAAGGCUGAAGCUUUGGAGAAGCAAAUCCUGGAAGAAAAGCAAAUGGAAGUUGAAGCUCAAAAACAAGCUGACAAAGAUGUUGAUCAGAAAUCCCAGAAACCAGAAGAAACUGAGGUCGUUGCUGAGAAAAUAUCAGAAGAAAAUAUCAAUGAAUCGAUAAAGCCUGAAAUAAAAGAAACGGAAACCAAAUCACAAAAGGCUGAAGCUUUGGAGAAGCAAAUCCUGGAAGAAAAGCAAAUGGAAGUUGAAGCUCAAAAACAAGCUGACAAAGAUGUUGAUCAGAAAUCCCAAAAACCAGAAGUAACUGAGGUCGUUGCUGAGAAAAUAUCAGAAGAAAAUAUCGAAGAAUCGAUAAAGCCGGAAAUAAAAGAAACGGAAACCAAAUCACAGAAGGCCGAAGCUUUGGAGAAGCAAAUCCUGGAAGAAAAGCAAAUUGAAGUUGAAGCUCAAAAACAAGCUGACAAAGAUGUUAAUCAGAAAUCCCAAAAACCAAAAGUAACUGAGGUCGUUGCUGAGAAAAUAUCUGAAGAAAAUAUCGAAGAAUCUAUUAAGCCAAAACUAAAGGAAACGGAAACCAAAUCACAGAAGGCUGAAGCUUUGGAGAAGCAAAUCCUGAAAGAAAAGCAAAUGGAAGUUGAAGCUCAAAAACAAGCUGACAAAGAUGUUGAUCAGAAAUCCCAGAAACCAGAAGUAACUGAAGUCGUUGCGGAGAAAAUAUCAGAAGAAAAUAUCGAAGAAUCUAUAAAGCCCGAAAUAAAAGAAACGAAAACCAAAUCACAAAAGGCUGAAGCUUUGGAGAAGCAAAUCCUGGAAAAAAAGCAAAUGGAAACUAACGCUCAAAAACAAGCUGACCAAGGUCUUGAUCAGAAAUCCCAGAAACCAGAACAAACUGAGGUCGUUACGGAGAAAAUAUCAGACGAAAAUAUCGAAAAAUCUAUAAAUCCUGAAAUAAAGGAAACUGAAACCAAAUCACAGAAGGCUGAAGCUUUGGAGAAGCAAAUCCUGGAAGAAAAGCAAAUGGAAGUUGAAGCUCAAAAACAAGCUGACAAAGAUGUUGAUCAGAAAUCCCAGAAACCAGAAGAAACUGAGGUCGUUACGGAGAAAAUAUCAGACGAAAAUAUCGAAAAAUCUAUUAAGCCUGAAAUAAAGGAAACUGAAACUAAAUCACAGAAGGCUGAAGCUUUGGAGAAGCAAAUCCUGGAAGAAAAGCAAAUGGAAGUUGAAGCUCAAAAACAAGCUGACAAAGAUGUUGAUCAGAAAUCCCAGAAACCAGAAGAAACUGAGGUCGUUGCUGAGAAAAUAUCAGAAGAAAAUAUCAAUGAAUCGAUAAAGCCUGAAAUAAAAGAAACGGAAACCAAAUCACAAAAGGCUGAAGCUUUGGAGAAGCAAAUCCUGGAAGAAAAGCAAAUGGAAGUUGAAGCUCAAAAACAAGCUAACAAAGAUGUUGAUCAGAAAUCCCAGAAACCAGAAGAAACUGAGGUCGUUACGGAGAAAAUAUCAGACGAAAAUAUCGAAAAAUCUAUAAAGCCUGAAAUAAAGGAAACUGAAACCAAAUCACAAAAGGCUGAAGCUUUGGAGAAGCAAAUCCUGGAAGAAAAGCAAAUGGAAGUUGAAGCUCAAAAACAAGCUGACAAAGAUGUUGAUCAGAAAUCCCAGAAACCAGAAGAAACUGAGGUCGUUACGGAGAAAAUAUCAGACGAAAAUAUCGAAAAAUCUAUAAAGCCUGAAAUAAAGGAAAUGGAAACCAAAUCACAGAAGGCUGAAGCUUUGGAGAAGCAAAUCCUGGAAGAAAAGGAAAUGGAAGUGGAAGCUCAAAAACAAGCUGACAAAGAUGUUGAUCAGAAAUCCCAGAAAUCAGAAGAAACUGAUGUCGUUGCCCAGAAAAUAUCAGAAGAAAAUAUCGAAGAAUCUAUAAAGCCAGUAAUAAGAGAAACGGAAACCAAAUCACAGAAGGCUGAAGCUUUGGAGAAGCAAAUCCUAGAAGAAAAGCAAAUGGAAGUUGAAGCUCAAAAACAAGCUGACAAAGAUGUUGAUCAGAAAUCCCAGAAACCAGAAGUAACUGAUGUCGUUGCUGAGAAAAUAUCAGAAGAAAAUAUCAAUGAAUCGAUAAAGCCUGAAAUAAAAGAAACGGAAACCAAAUCACAAAAGGCUGAAGCUUUGGAGAAGCAAAUCCUGGAAGAAAAGCAAAUGGAACUUGAAGCUCAAAAACAAGCUCACAAAGAUGUUGAUCAGAAAUCCCAGAAACCAGAAGUAACUGAGGUCGUUGCUGAGAAAAUAUCAGAAGAAAAUAUCGAAGAAUCGAUGAAGCCUGAAAUAAAGGAAACUGAAACCAAAUCACAGAAGGCUGAAGCUUUGAAGAAGCAAAUCCUGGAAGAAAAGCAAAUGGAAGUUGAAGCUCAAAAACAAGCUAACAAAGAUGUUGAUCAGAAAUCCCAGAAACCAGAAGUAACUGAGGUCGUUGCUGAGAAAAUAUCAGAAGAAAAUAUCGAAGAAUCUAUAAAGCCUGAAAUAAAGGAAACGGAAACCAAAUCACAGAAGGCUGAAGCUUUGGAGAAGCAAAUCCUGGAAGAAAAGCAAAUGGAAGUUGAAGCUCAAAAACAAGCUAACAAAGAUGUUGAUCAGAAAUCCCAGAAACCAGAAGUAACUGAGGUCGUUGCGGAGAAAACAUCAGUAGAAAAUAUCGAAAAAUCUAUAAAGCCUGAAAUAAAGGAAGUGGAAACCAAAUCACAGAAGGCUGAAGCUUUGGAGAAGCAAAUACUAGAGGAAAAGCAAAUGGAAGUUGAGGCUCAAAGGCACGUUGACAAGGAUGUGAGACAGAACUCCCAACAACGAGAAGUAUCUGAGAUCGUUGUGGAGAAGACAUUGCAAGAUAAACCAAAGAAACCUGAGAUGGCAAGGGCUGUAGAGAAACUAGUCCUGGCAGAAAAGCAAAUCGAAGUUGAGGGUCAAACGCAAGCUGAAACAGCUCUCGAACAAAAAUCUCAAAAAACAGAAGUAACUGAAGUCGUUGCUGAGAAAAUAUAUGAAGAAAAGGUUGAAGAUUCCAAAAAGUGUGAAACAAAGGGUUCAGAAUCUAAAAUAGAGAAGGCAAAGAGUGUAGAGAAGCAAGUCCUGGAAGAAAAGAAAGCGAAAUCCCAAAAAGAAAGACUAACGAAUUUGAAUGUCAUAUUUAUGAAACUAUCACAGGAAGUUAUUCCUAGUAACAAUGCCAUUUUGGCAGAAAGUCAAUAUACUAUAAAUAACCUUGAAGAUAUUGACGCAGUAGCCAAACUAAUGUUAAAAAUAAGAGACCACAUAGCUUACACUUUCACUGGAACAAAAGCCUCAGAUCAAAAAAAUAAAAAACUUUUUGAAUUAUUCAUUGAAUCACUGUGCGAUGCCUGCCCCGAAGCAACUGAGCAAGUUAUGCUCAACUAUCUCAAAGAAAUUAGAACUAACGUGAUUUUAACAAAAGCCGCUAUUCAGCUUAUCGACGACUGUAAUAUGUUCACCAAGCCAUCGCUAUUAAUCCCUAAGCUUGUAAAUCUGGAGAGAGUUUCCAAUAAAAUUCAAUCAGAAACACAUGUUGAUAAAUCAUCGGAAAAAAUGAUUAGCUUGCAACAGAGUUUAAUGGAUAUUUUCGUUAUCCUUGAUGACUUGUUAGACGAAAAGACAGAAAUACUGAAACCAAGAAUAGAACAAAUUAAAACCUUAUUACUUACCGAAUAUGACUAUAUUGAGAAAAAAGAAGGUCAACUACAUACUGCCGUAAUCAAUGGAAAAAUUAAAGUUGUAACGCAAAACAUUCUGAAUAUUAUUGAAGACUUAAAACAACUGACAGGCGAACAAUGUCAAGAGUCAAUCAAAGAGCUAGAAUUGGGUAAAGUGAGCCAAAAAGAAAUCGCUGCUACUGAUCAGAUUUCAAAGGAAAUCUUCGAAGAAAGCCGAAAGGCAGAAAAGAUAUCCGAAGAAAAGGUAGAAGAAAGCCAGAAGACCGAAAUUAAGGACUCUAAAACUAAGUCUAAGAAAGCAAAGGCUUCGGAGAAGAAACCGAUUGAAGAAGAAAAACUGGAAGGCAAGAACCAAAAACAGGCUGAAGUUGCUGCUGACAAGAAAACUCAAAAGGCAGAAGUUUCCGAGGUGGUUGCAGAAAAUAUAUCCGAAGAAAAGGUAGAAGAAAGUCAGAAGGCCGAAAUUAAGGACUCUGAAGCAAAGUCUAAGAAAGCAAAGGCUUCGGAGAAGAAAUCGAUCGAAGAAGAAAAACUGGAAGACAAGAACCAUAAACAGGCUGAAGUUUCUGCUGACAAGAAAGCUCAAAAGGCAGACGUUUCCGAGGUGGUUGCAGAAAAGAUAUCCGAAGAUAAUGUGGAAGAAAUCCAGCAGCCCGAAAUUAAGGACUCAGAAGCUAAGUCUAAGAAAGCAAAGGCCUUGGAGAAGAAACCGAUCGAAGAAGAAAAACUGGAAGGCAGGAACCAAAAACAGGCUGAAGUUGCUGCUGACAAGAAAGCUCAAAAGGCAGAAGUUCUCGAGGUGGUUGCAGAAAAGAUAUCCGAUGAAAUGGUGGAAGAAAGCCAGAAGACCAAAGUUAAGGACUCUGAAGCAAAGUCUAAGAAAGCGAAGGCUUUGGAGAAGGAACCGAUCGAAGAAGAAAAAUUGGAAGACAAAAACCAAAAACAGGCUGAAGUUGCUGCUGACAAGAAAACUCAAAAGGCAGAAGUUUCCGAUGUGGUUGCAGAAAAUAUAUCCGAAGAAAAGGUAGAAGAAAGCCAGAAGACCGAAGUUAAGGACUCUGAAAUUAAGUCUAAGAAAGCGAAGGCUUCAGAGAAGAAACCGAUCGAAGAAGAAAAACUGGAAGACAAAAACCAAAAACAGGUUGAAGUUGCUGCUGACAAGAAAACUCAAAAGGCAGAAGUCUCCGAGGUGGUUGCAGAAAUGUUAUCCGAAGAAAGGGUGGAAGAAAGCCAGAAGACCGAAAUUAAGGACUCUGAAACUAAGUCUAAGAAAGCAAAGGCUUCGGAGAAGAAACCGAUCGAAGAAGAUAAACUGGAAGACAAGAACCAAAAACAGGCUGAAGUUGCUGCUGACAAGAAAGCUCAAAAGGCAGAAGCUUCCGAGGUGGUUGCAGAAAAGAUAUCCGAAGAAAAUGUGAAAGAAAGACAACAGACCGAAGUUAAGGACUCUGAAGCAAAGUCUAAGAAAGCGAAGGCUUCGGAGAAGAAACCGAUCGAAGAAGAAAAACUGGAAGACAAGAACCAAAAACAGGCUGAAGUUGCUGCUGACAAGAAAGCUCAAAAGGCAGAAGCUUCCGAGGUUGUUGCAGAAAAGAUAUCCGAAAAAAGGGUGGAAGAAAGCCAGAAGGCCGAAAUUAAGGACUCUGAAAUUAAGUCUAAGAAAGCAAAGGCUUCGGAGAAGAAACCGAUCGAAGAAGAAAAACUGGAAGACAAGAACCAAAAACAGGCUGAAGUUGCUGCUGACAAGGAAGCUCAAAAGGCAGAAGUUUCCGAAGUGGUUGCAGAAAAGAUAUCCGAAGAAAAGGUGGAAGAAAGACAAAAGACCGAAGUUAAGGACUCUGAAGCAAAGUCUAAGAAAGCGAAGGCUUCGGAGAAGAAACUGAUCGAAGAAGAACAAUUGGAAGACAAAAACCAAAAACAGGUUGAAGUUGCUGCUGGCAAAAAAACUCAAAAGGCAGAAGUUUCCGAGGUGGUCGCAGAAAAGAUAUCCGAAGAAAAGGUGGAAAAAAGCCAGAAGACCGAAGUUAAGGACUCUGAUGCUAAGUCUAAGAAAGUAAAGGCUUCGGAAAAGAAACCGAUCGAAGAGGAAAAAUUGGAUGACAAGAACCAAAAACAGGUUGAAGUUGCUGCUGACAAGAAAACUCAAAAGGCAGAAGCUUCCGAGGUGGUUGCAGAAAAGAUAUCCGAAGAAAAGAUGCAAGAAAGCCAGAAGGGCGAGGUUAAGGACUCUGAUGCUAAGUCUAAGAAAGCGAAGGCUUCGGAGAAGAAACCGAUCGAAGAAGAAAAAUUGGAAGACAAGAACCAAAAACAGACUGAGAUCGCUGCAGACGAGAAAAAUAAGGUAAACAAAAUAGACGACGUCAAUGACGGUAAAGUUGAAAGGACGACAGUCCUGGAUGAGGAAUCAGUUAUUCCGAAACGAAAGCUGUACGAUGCUGAAGAAACUGCCGACUCUGUUAGCUUCCAAGCUUACAAGUCUAUGGGAUCAGAAUACAAGGACAGAAAGGAGUCCCGAAGUGCCAAGCGGAAGCCAACUGUGGACAUCCAACUGACCAACCGUAACACGGCGUCAGGCAGCGACCUCAAGUUGACUUGUGGGCUAUCGGGUCACGACAUGAGCGUGCAGUGGUUCAAGGAGAACUGCCCCAUCGAGAAUGGUGCCAAGUACAAGAGGACAUUGAACGACGGACUGUCGUGCCUUGAAAUUAAAUCUGUCGAACUUAGUGACUCUGGCAUUUACCGCUGCAUAGCGUCCAAUCAAAAUGGAGAAGUCGAAACUAGCUGUCUUGUGACUAUAUACGAAGCACCUUCAAGUAAAUUUGGCACUCCGCCAAUAUUUACACGCAACAUUCGAGAGUACUACCAUCUGCGCGACGAUGAGCUGACCAUCGAGUGCCACGUUCACGGCUACCCGCGACCGGUGAUCACCUGGUGGCGCGGCGCCUUCCAAGUGAAGCCUAGCUACAAAUUCACCAUGCUAGAGGAAGCACACGGCGUGUGCAAGCUGCUGAUCUACAAGCCGGGCAACAAGGAUGGCGGUAUCUACACCAUGAAGGCCUUCAACUCCAGCGGAGAGGUGCAGAUCAACCACACGGUCGAGGUGGCCCGCAACCUGCACUACCAUGUGCCCGGCAUCUUCCAUGCCCGUGACAAGAUCCAGCUAGACAGCUUGAAGCAGGCCAAGAAGGCCAUGGAUGAGGCUCUCAAGUCGAAGGCUGACUCUGACCAAAGGAGGGCGGAGGCGGAGGAGGAGCAGCAGCGCCUGCAUCCGGCGAGGGCCACCCCAGAAAAGCUGGUGCCUGCCAAGCAGAAGUUGGCAUUUGCCACCCAGCUGCGCGAUCGCAUGGCGCUCGAGGGUUCCACGGUUAAGUUCGUGGCCACGGUGAUUGGACCCUCUCCCAAUACCCGCUGGAUGAAGGACGAUAAGUGGGUGGUGGUGGGCGGCAACAUCAAGAACCUGUCCGAGGAGGGCAAGGCCAUCAUCGAGAUCAGCAACGUGACCGGCGCCGAUUCCGGUGUCUACAAGUGUGUGGCCAAAAACGAUCUCAGUGAGAUCGAGACCUCUUGCUACUUCAAGGUGUACGCGGCACAGGCAGAUGGUGACGAGUCGGAGCCCAUUUUCGCCCUUCCGCUGCGAGAUGUGUACCAUGCCUCGCAAAACGAUCUGAUUCUCGAUACGAAGGUGCGGGGCAACCCCCGACCAGAGAUCUCGUGGACCAAGGACCAGAUACCCGUGGUGCUCGACGAUCGGGUGGUGCAGAUCGAGCACUUGGACGGCAUUUGCGAGCUGAUUAUCAACAAGCCGACGAUCAAUGACAACGGCAUCUACGUGUGCACCGCCAAGAGCAAACUGGGCACUCAGUCGACCACCCACACGGUUGUCGUCGACACCACCCACACGUCGCGUCGUUCGAGCAUCCUGUCCGCCAUUGCCAUGCAGGAAGGAGGCGAGUCAGCCGAGGGCCCCAAGGCCAAGGGCAAGAAGAAGAAGAAGGACGACGAACCGGAGGCUGGAGGAGAUGGUGGCUACGAGCGCCGCAGCCGGAUGCCGGAUCCUUCGCCGAAGCAGAUGCUGUACUUCACGGUCAACCUGUCCAAUCGGUACGUGGCCGAGGGCUCCAAGGUAAAGUUGCAGGCCGUCAUUGGCGGACCAGAGCCGAUGAUCAAGUGGCAGAAGGAUGACCAAAAUGUCACCUAUGGACCCAACAUUCGCAAUAUGAACCGCGACAGCCUGGCAGUGCUGGAAUUUACCAAUGCCCAGGUGGAGGACUCGGGCACCUAUACGAUUAUUGCCCAAAAUGAGCAUUGCAAGAUCACCACCUCCGCCAUGUUACAUGUCUACCAGGCGAAGGUCAACACGGAUGUGCAGCCCGUCUUCAUUCGCUCUCUUAAAGAGACCUAUCACCUGAACACCAACGAGCUGAUCCUAGAGACGGCUGUGAGGGGCCAGCCCACGCCGGAGGUCCAGUGGUUCAAGGACAGCAUCGAGAUCCAGAGCGGCGGUCGCUACCAGCUCAUCGAGCACCAGGACGGCACCCGUGAACUCAUCAUUGAUCGGCCGGACAACAAGGACUCCGGCAAGUAUGUGCUCAAGGCGGAGAGUCGCGCCGGCAAGAUGGAAAUCUCGCACUAUGUGCUCUUCGAGGGUCAGGCCCAUCACAUCUCGGACAACAUCCACGGCGUGUUCCAUGCAGACAAGAGCCUGCUUCGUCCCAAGGAGGUGGAGAAGCCGGUGGAGAAAAAGCCUGCCGCCGAGGCGGAGUUAGAGGCAGAGGACGGCAAGGCCAAGAAGCGAGGACGCAAGGAGGAGGAUGACUCCUCGGCCUAUGCCACCGACUACGCCUCCGAUACCGCCAGCUUGUCGAGCAAGCGUCGCGAAAAGAACAUCGCAAUCCACUUCAGCACUUCGAUGCGAGAUCGCGUGGUGGCCGAGGGAUCCAAGGUUAAGAUUUCCUGCUUCCUGGAGGCCAAGGAGCCGCAAGUCAAGUGGUUCAAGGACGGCGAGCAGAUCCAGAACUCGCCCAAGAUCAGGGGCAGAUACAGCGAGGGCUUGUGCCUUCUGGAGAUCGCAAGCGCUACCGCCGAGGACAACGGCGAGUACAAGUGCUGGGGUCGUGACGAGACCGGUGAGGCGUCCACCUCGUGCCGAUUGGAGGUCUUCGAGGAUCCGGGCACAGGUGACGUGCCACCCACCUUCACGCGCAACAUCAAGGACACGAUGCACGGCAAGAUCAACGAACUGCAGCUGGACGUACAUGUGCGCGGACUGCCCACUCCCUCGGUCACGUGGGUGAAGGAUGGCGUCAAGAUUGAGAACAGCGACAAGUACCAGCAGGUGGACCACGACGACGGCACUUGUGAGCUGUUCAUCAGCCAUCCCAAGGCGUCGGACAGCGGCAAGUAUGUGUGCCAGGCGGAGAAUCGCGAGGGCAAGACGGAGAUUGUCCACAUGAUCACUGUGGAGCCACGAGUGAGGGCACCACGCAUCUCGCCACCACGGGAGGGUAGACCUCCACGUCCGGCCGGCGAUGAGGAGGCACCUCCGGCUGGAGAAGAAGGCGCCGAAGGUGGCGGGGCCGCCGAGGGUGGCGAGAAGCGCCGCAGGAAGCCCAAGCCGGAUGAGGAGGAGCAGGCCAGCUCUAGACGUGAGGUGCCACCACCGCCGGACCUAAGGAAGCGCCUCUACUUCAGGAACUUCCUCUCCAACCGAACGGUGAAAUCGGGCAGCAAUGUGAAGUGGAUGGUAAAUAUCGAUGGACCAGAGCCAACGGCCAAGUGGUUCUUCGGUGACCAACCGAUAGCCUUUGGACCGAGGAGCAAGAUGUCCAUGCAGGACGGCAUCGCAUGGUUGAACCUCGUGGGGGUCACGGAAGAGGAUGCCGGAGAGUACACUUUGCGGGUCAGGGGAAGUGAAAACGAAAUCGUGAGCACCUGCAAUUUGUUUGUGUACAGCACGGGCAAACCGGAGGUUAUUUCGCCCACCUUUGUAGUGGGUAUCAAAGACACAUAUUCUCUCAACGAGAAUGAGUUGGUUCUGGAUUGCCGCGUACGUGGCCAGCCGCGUCCCGAGAUCCAGUGGGUCAAGGGCACCGAACCCAUCGAGGCCAGCGAGAAGUACAAGCUGAGCGACCAGGCCGAUGGCUAUGCGAAGCUGACCAUUGUGAAUCCCACGGAAAAGGAUUCGGGCAUCUAUUGGUGCGUGGCCAGGAACGAGGGAGCCGAGAACAAGAUCUCCCACCAGGUAGACUUCAAGGGUCGCCAGAACUACUCGCUGCAGAAGACGCACGGAUUCUUCCACCGCGACCCCAAUAAGCCACACUUCCUGCUGCCCCUGGGCAACCAGACGGUCUGCAACGGCGGCACCGUGGCCAUCUCGGCCGAGUUCAUGCAGACCAGCACACCCAUCGAGGUGAAGUGGCUGCGCGACCGCCGCGUGGUGGAUGGACCCAAUGUGAAGGCCCUGGCCGACAAGGGCGUCUACACGCUGACCAUCAUGAAUGCCGGUCCCGAGGUUGAGGGCACCUACACCUGCCGCGCCUCCAACGCCUUCGGUCGCAUCGAGUCCAAUGUCAACGUGGACGUGGCCGUGGGAGCUGAGAAGGAUGAGCGUCCACCGUUGUUCCUGUCGCGACCCGACACCGAGAUGAAGAUCGCCGUGGGUGAUCCCUUCUCGCUGUCCUUCCGCAUUGCCGGCGAUCCGAAACCGAAGCUCACCUUCAUGAAGGGCACGAAGGACAUUACCCAGUCGGACCGGGUCAGCAAAGAGGUGUCCGACGACUACACAAGAUUCUCUGUGCAGCAAGCCCAGAUCUCCGACUCUGGCACCUACUUCGUGGUGGCCCGCAACAACUUUGGCACUGACAGGAUAUUCGUCACUGUGACGGUAAACCCGCGCGCUCGCUCUGCCACUCCAACGCAACCACGCUGGGGCCUUCCCCUGGACAGUUACAGCGACACUUCGUACUUCAGAGAUCCACCGGGUUGCAUUUCCACCGAACCCCUGGUCGUUGACUCCGGACCCACCCACAUCUCGUUGUCAUGGGGCAAGCCGGUCAGCGCCAACUCGGCACCGGUGAUGGCCUACAAGGUUGAGGCCUGGGUUGUGGGUCACGAGGGCGGAGCCUACUGGCGGGAGCUGGGCCUGACGCCCAUCAACUCCUUCGACGCAUUUAACCUGAAGGCCAACGUGGAGUACCACUUCCGGGUGACGCCGAAGAACCGGUAUGGCUGGGGACCCACCGUCCAGACCAGCAGUCCACUCCAAGUGGGUGGCGUCGAGUGCCUGCCCGAGUUCGUCAAGAUCCUGCCGGGCCAGGCCAAGGCCCUGCUCGGCUCCUCCUUCACCCUGCAGUGCAACAUGCGUGGAGCGCCGAGGCCGCAGGUCAACUGGUUCAAGGAUGGCAUUCAGCUGAGCAGCAGUUCGGAGCGCGUCAAGAUCCGGCAGAUCGGUUCCACCUGUGCCCUCACCAUCGCCACGGUCAGCGAACUGGACUCCGGCCGCUACACCUGCGAGGCCACCAACUCGAAGGGCAGAGUCUCCACCUUUGCCCGCCUCCAGGUGGUCUCCGACUCGCGGAUCUAUGAGGCCGACUCGCGACUGAAGGAGAUUGCCCAUGGCCGCAAUGUGGCCGAUGUCGGUGACUCACUGCCCAUCUUCACGAUGCGCCUGAGGGAUCGUCGCGUCCAGGUCACCUACCCAGUGCGGCUCACCUGCCAGAUUGUCGGCUAUCCCGUGCCGGAGAUCCUGUGGUACAAGGACGAUCUGCCCAUCCAUACCGGUAGGAAGCAUCUCAUCAGUGCCGAGGGACAGUUCUUCACGUUGGAAAUUGCCGCCACCACGCUGGACGACAGCGGUACCUACACCUGCCUGGCCAAGAACGAACUAGGGUCCGUGUCCUGCCACUGUACGCUGGUGGUGGACAAGGGCAUCCGGGCCUACAUCUCACCCGACUUCUACGUGCCCUUGGAUCCCUUCUACAUUUUCCGCGAGGGCUCCGAAAUCCGCCUGUCCACGAAGGUGGAGGCAUAUCCAUCCGUUGGUGUCACCUGGCAUCGCAACGGAAUGCGUCUGCGUCCCAGUCGACGACUGACCGCCACCUUGGACUCCAAUGGAUUUGUGGAGCUGAUCAUUGCCGAGGCCACGGUUCGGGAUGCCGGCAUUUAUGUGUGCGUUGCAUCCAACGUGGUGGGCAAAGUGGAGACCAUCUGCCGGGUGGCAAUUGAGGAGGAGGAGGACAAGGCGAUGGCUCAGCCACGUCAGCUGGAAAUUCCCAGCAUCAAGACUGAUGAUCUGCCUUAUUCCAAGGAGCCCCUGUUUGUGGUCAAGCCGCGCUCCAGCGAGGCCUACGAGGGCGACAACGUCAUCAUAUUCUGCGAGGUGGUCGGCGAUCCCAAGCCCGAAGUCGUUUGGCUGCGCGAUUUUCUGAAUCCGGAGUACUACAAGGACGCGCCCCACUUCCGGCGCAUUGGCGAGGGACCCGAGUACAGACUGGAGAUACCCAGCGCCAAGUUGGACUUCACCGGCACCUACUCCGUGAUAGCCAGCAAUUGCCAUGGCGAGGCCAAGGCUGUAAUAUCGCUGCAAAUAUUCGCCAAAGAUAUACUCAACAAAAGCCGCAUGGAUAAAGUGCACACGAGACAUGGCAACAUCGAGACGCUUCCCCGAUUCGUUCGCAACCUGCGAAACCUGCGCUGUUGCGAUGGGGAUGCGAUAUCGCUGGAGUGCCACGUCGAGGCCGAUCCGGAGCCGUUCAUCAUCUGGGAGAAGGACGGGCACGUGGUGCCCAGCGACCGGGACUACGUGAUGUCCUUCGACGGCACGAAGGCCACGCUGAGCAUUCCUCGCGUGUAUCCCGAGGACGAGGGCGAGUACACCUGCGUGGCGAAGAACUCGGUGGGCCGCAGCCUCUCCUCCGCCUGCAUCAUCGUGGACGUGCCCGAGGAGAAGGAGAACAUGCUGAGUCGCCAGCUAACGCGUCCCAGCGGCCUGCUGUCCGCCCACUCCACGCCCCGUUCCACGCCAAGAUCCACGCCCGCCAGGAGCUUCUCUCCGCUGCGCCUAUCCUACCGCACCAGCAGCAUCGAUCUGUCCGGAAUCUCGGAGCGCCGGCGAAGUGACGCCCGCAACGCCAUCACGGCGCCCAAGUUCCUGGCCAUUCCCUACAACCGCGUGGUCGAGGAGGGCGACAGCGUGCGCUUCCAGUGCGCCAUCUCCGGACACCCCACGCCGUGGGCCACCUGGGACAAGGACGGCCUCAUCGUCACGCCCACGCCGCGCAUCGCCGUCAAGGAGAUCGACGACCUGCGCAUCAUCGAGAUCGACGAGGUGUCCUUCGACGACGCCGGCCUGUACCGCGUCACGCUAGAGAACGACUUCGGGCGGAUCGAGGCCACCGCCCGCUUGGACGUCAUCCGCAGCUCCCGCUACUCCAAGUCGCCCUCCGUGCGCAGCGUGCGCGCCUCCUCCUCCCGCCGAAACGCCCACUUGUACAGGCGCAUCAUGGGUCCAUCCACAGCUAUUGGCGGACGCAUGGCUCUGGCAAGUGGCUAUCGGGGCUCCUCGGUGCCCUCGGUGAGGUUCUACCACAACAACGUGGAGCUGGAGGAGUCGGAGCGAGUGCACAUUCUGCUGCAGGAGGAGCAAUCGGUGGCCCUGCUGAUCGUGGACAAUGUGGCGCGCGAGGACGAGGGCCUGUACACCUGCAUCAUUAGCGGCGACCACGAUCCCCUGAUCAGCUCCACCGCAGUCACCUUCCACGAGCCCAAUGCGGAGAUUCCGAGACGUCGCGCCGUCAUCACGGAACCACUGCCUGAGAUUACUAAAUCGCUGGAGGGCGAGGUGAUCGAUCUGUGCUGCGCCAUCGAUUGCGACGAGCCCUACAGCUACGUGUGGCUGCGGAAUGGCGAAAUUCUACCGGACAGUGAUGAGUUCAAUUACAUUGAUCACGGCAACGGACGCCUGUGCCUGCGGAUCAACGACGCCUUCGACAUUGACUCGGGCACCUACAGCUGCCAGGUGUUCACCGACUCCGCCUCCCCCUGGAGCUGGAGCUCCACCUGCCACUCCGAUGCCCUGUCCAUGGACUGCAGCACCAGCGGCGAGCUGUGCGUGCUGGAGCGGGAUCUGCGCCGGCAGAACGAGGAGUGCGUCCAGCUGCUGAAGUCGCCGCUCCCGGUGGUCUGCGGCACCGGCGAGGAGGCCCUGUUCUACGCCCGUGUUUUCCCCUGCCAGGCGGAAGCCGAAUGGUACCUCAACGGGCAACUGCUGGCCCCCUCGGAUGACUCACUUAACAUGACGUUGGAGUCAUAUCCAGACGGCAUUCGGCUUCUGCGCAUGCGCGACGUCUCCACCUCGAGGAGCGGAGAGAUCUGCCUGCAGGUGAAGCACCCCCAGGCGGAGAGCCGGCGCAUUCCCGCCGCCCGCACCUACACCACCCUCCUGGUACUGCCCGCCAUCAGGGGCAACAGCUCCGGCUCCUCGCUGGCGGCCAGAAGCUGCAUCUUGAGACGCCCCGAGGACUGCACCGCCCUGAUCGGUGGCCACGUGCGGCUGAGCGUGCGCUUCGAGCCAUUCCCGGGCACCAAAGUCGUCUGGUACAAGGCGUGCCAUCCCAUUGUCGAGAGCUCCAAUGUGACCAUCCGGACUUCGGGCCAACAGUCGACGCUCUACAUCACGGACAUCUCGGCGGACGACAGUGGCAAGUACACGGUGGAGGUGAUGAACGACUACGGCGUGGAGGCCUCGGCUGCCUCGGUGGCAGUGGAGGGUCCUCCGGAGCCGCCCAGUGGCCAACCCAGCGUCUCCCUGGGACCAGACCGCGUGGCGGUUGCCUGGUGCGGUCCCCCCUACGACGGUGGCUGUAUGAUCACGGGCUUUAUCAUUGAGAUGCAGACCCUUGGCGAGGACUGUGAUGCGGACAACUGGCAGCAAGUGACCCGCGUGGUGGACACCCUGGCCUAUACCGUCAAGAACCUUCAGCCGCAGAGGCAGUACCGCUUCAGGAUUCGUGCUGAGAACAUUCACGGACGCAGUGAACCCGGUCAGGCCAGCGAACUGGUGCAGAUCACCGGCAAGCCACAGCGGUCCACAGCGGAUGCCAGCGAUCUCUUCGGCCAGUCGGUGAGCGUCCAGUCCGGCGGCGACUUCAAGUCGCGAUUCGAGAUCAUCGAGGAGCUGGGCAAGGGACGCUUUGGCAUCGUUUACAAGGUGCAGGAGCGCGGCCAGCCGGAGCAGCUGCUGGCCGCCAAGGUGAUCAAGUGCAUCAAGGCGCACGAUCGGCAGAAGGUGCUCGAGGAGAUCUCCAUCAUGCGUUCGCUGCAGCACCCGAAACUGCUGCAGCUGGCCGCCUCCUUCGAGAGUCCCCGGGAGAUUGUCAUGGUCAUGGAGUACAUUACUGGCGGGGAGCUGUUUGAGCGCGUUGUGGCCGACGACUUCACCCUGACCGAGAUGGACUGCAUCCUGUUCCUGCGACAGGUGUGCGAUGGCGUGGCCUACAUGCACGGCCAGAGUGUGGUGCACCUGGACCUGAAGCCCGAGAACAUUAUGUGCCAUACCCGCACCAGCCACCAGAUCAAGAUCAUCGACUUUGGCCUGGCCCAACGGCUGGACACGAAUGCCCCUGUCCGCGUCCUCUUCGGAACGCCCGAGUUUAUACCACCGGAGAUCAUAAGCUACGAGCCCAUUGGCUUUAAGUCCGACAUGUGGAGCGUGGGAGUCAUCUGCUACGUGCUGCUGUCGGGUCUCUCCCCCUUCAUGGGCGACACCGAUGUGGAAACCUUCUCGAACAUUACUAGAGCGGACUACGACUACGAUGACGAGGCCUUCGACUGCGUCUCCCAGGAGGCCAAGGACUUCAUCUCACAGUUGUUGGUUCACCGCAAGGAGGACCGCCUGACCGCCCAGCAGUGCCUGGAGUCCAAGUGGCUGUGCCAGCGCCACGAUGAGCACCUCAGCAACAACAAGAUCUGCACGGACAAGCUGAAGAAGUUCAUCAUUCGGCGCAAGUGGCAGAAAACGGGCAAUGCCAUCCGAGCUCUUGGUCGCAUGGCCAACUUGUCGGUGUCGCGCAGGAACUCUGCGAUUGCCAUGGGCGCACUGAGUAGUCCGAGGCCCUCGAUUUCGGGAUUGAGCAUGCUGACGGCCAGUGCCAUUGGCAUGGGGAUGGGGAUGAGCACCCAGAUGAGCUCCCUGCACGAGGAGGAGGACGACUUCAGCGCGGAGAUGCCGCCAGUGGAGAAGCGCACUGUGCUCAAGCUGCGGGACAAAUCUCAGUGCAGUGAGCGCAGUGACUCCGGCUACAGCGAGUGCUCCAACUGCAGUGGCGCCCAGGAGACGCUGCUCCUGUCGCUGGCCAAGUCAAAGCUGGAGGCGAUUGCCAAGGCGAGCUCCUCCUCGCUCAGCGUUGUCCAGGACACGGAGCUCCACCCUGUCAGCCUGGAACUGCCCGCCAAGGGCGGCGAGGCCAUCAUGCGCUCCGACUUCACCAACACCAUCAAGAUGCGGAAGAAGUCGCUGGAGGACAGUGCCGCCCGGGAGAAGCCCAAGUCCAAGCCCCAGGUCAAGCCUCUGUGUGAGUCCAAGCUGAAGGUGUCCCAGCUGAAGGACAGGUUCCAGGCGUCCCCCGCUCCUGCUUCUGCAUCCGCAUCCGCUGCUAACAAACCUCCGCUUGCCUUUGAGCCCUACAAGAUAGCCAAGGUGGCGAGUGUGGGACGCAUCAGUAGAACAGAGGAGUCGGGGAAGACGGGACGAGGCACCGGCGCCAGCCUGCCCAGCGGAGCCACCAAAGGCAGACCUCCGCAGGCACGCUCCAUGCCCAGCUCUCCGCUGCCCCAGCGCUCCGCCACGCCGACGCGGCUGAUGAGCCAGCGGGUCCGCGAGGCCGCCGAGCGACUGGCCCAACAGCACACGGUGGCCAGUGCCCAGCGGCAGUUCGGUAAUGCCAAAGGUAAUGGCACUGCCAAUGCCUCCAGCAAUGGCAAUGGGAACACGGCGAGCACGGCGAGCACGGAGACGGGUCGCGAAUCACGCGCUCGACGUCUCAUCAACCGAUUCAACAACGAAACGCAGCAUAUCACGUCCUAGAUUAAGUCGGUUAAUGCCGGCCAACAUAACUUUAUUACAGAUUUAGCAGAUAUAGCAUUGUUAAGCAAGAAACCCCAGAGAAACUCUACGAACACUCGAAUAUGAAGCGAAUGCGAAUGCGAAUGCGAAUGCGCAGCGACUGCGGAUCAGAACGCACCCCCAAACCCAGGAUGCACACCCCAUCCCCGCACUCACAGUAGGCUAUACACCGGCAUCCCAGGGCGGAUGCACUCCCUCCCGUCGGAGGGACUGUACUUAGGCUAGAGGCAGCUAAGCGUUUAAAUUAUUGUAUCGAUUUAUAUACAUAUCUACCAUACUAAUUAAAGUUAAUGUAACGAAA